AUGUUUCUCGUUCUCGCAGCGGCCCUCUUUGUGAUGGCGAAUGUCGCUGUCAAAGUUCGACCAUGGCCCAUGCCCCCGUACCUGGAAAACAUUUAUAAAGAGUUUUUCUCUCGUUUUAAUAGAUGCAUGAUCGAGAAGCUUCCUAGUGGGGUGCAGUAUGGAUGCAAUCAUAUCCAUACUAAAGGCACUACUGUUGUGUUCAUGCUUACUUUGUGCUUCUUCCGGACAACCCUAUCAUGA